UUACCUCCCUCGGUGAUGAUGUCACCGGCUCAGUGGAGCUCGAGCAUCCCCACCAAAGACAGGGAGACAACAGAGCCAUUUUGACCGCCUUAGAUUGUGAAGAAGCGGCCGACCAUCCAAACAACCGACCGGCCACCUUCCUGGGCCUCCACUGGCAAGACAAGGCAGGACAGUGGGGGGUGGGUUGGUGGGUACAAGGUAACCUCAGCCCUUCCCGGUUUCAUGGAGGGGAGAGGCUGUUAGCAGGGGCUGUGUCAGACCUGGAGGAGACCAGAGGAGGUGGAAGUGGCAACAGGGCUGGAUAUUAAGGCAGACUAGCACGACAAACACGGGAGACGUACCCGGUAGCAAGACGUUACCGGCACUGCGGAGUCCUCCAGGCCCUACAUCUGGGCUCUAAAGAAGGCACCCCAAGGUGCUAGGAAGACAGCACCAUGGCAGGUGCCUCUGUGAAGGUGGCGGUGCGGGUCCGCCCCUUCAAUUCAAGGGAGACCGCAAAAGAAAGUAAAUGCAUCAUUCAGAUGUCUGGAAACACCACCACCAUCAUCAACCCCAAGCAGGCCAAAGACAACAAGAGCUUCAACUUUGAUUACUCCUACUGGUCCCACACCUCGCCCGAGGACGUCAAUUUUGCCUCUCAGAUGCGAGUGUACAAAGACAUUGGAGAGGAAAUGUUGCUGCAUGCCUUUGAGGGCUACAAUGUCUGCAUCUUUGCUUAUGGGCAGACCGGUGCUGGCAAGUCCUACACCAUGAUGGGGAAACAGGAUGUCAAGGAUCAGCAAGGAAUUAUUCCCCUGAUGUGUGAAGAUCUUUUCACGAAGAUCAAUGACAAUACAGACAACAGCAUGUCUUAUUCUGUGGAGGUGAGCUACAUGGAGAUCUACUGCGAACGUGUGAGGGACUUACUGAACCCCAAAAAUAAAGGGAACCUGCGUGUCAGAGAACAUCCUCUGAUGGGACCUUAUGUGGAGGACCUGUCUAAGCUGGCUGUCACCUCCUACAAUGACAUCCAGGACCUGAUGGACUCUGGCAACAAGGCCAGGACUGUGGCAGCCACCAACAUGAAUGAGACAAGCAGUCGCUCGCAUGCUGUCUUUAACAUCAUAUUCACUCAGAAACGCCAUGAUGCUGACACUGAUAACACUUCUGAGAAGGUGAGCAAAAUAAGUUUGGUGGAUUUGGCUGGCAGUGAGAGGGCAGAUUCUACUGGAGCCAAAGGGACCAGGCUGAAGGAAGGAGCAAAUAUCAACAAAUCUCUAACUACACUGGGGAAAGUCAUCUCUGCUUUGGCAGAAGUGGACUCUGGGUCGAAUAAGAAUAAAAAGAAGAAGAAAGUGGAAAGCUUCAUCCCCUACAGAGAUUCAGUUUUGACUUGGCUGCUGAGAGAAAAUUUGGGGGGGAAUUCUCGCACUGCAAUGGUAGCUGCCCUGAGUCCAGCUGACAUUAACUACGAUGAGACCCUAAGCACCCUCAGGUAUGCAGACCGCGCCAAACAGAUUCGCUGUAAUGCUGUCAUCAAUGAGGAUCCCAACAACCGAUUGGUGCGUGAGCUAAAGGAGGAGGUGUCUCGUCUGAAAGAGCUCCUCUACGCCCAGGGCCUGGGUGACAUCAUUGAGACAUAUCGAGCAUCUGGUCCUGACAUAGAGGGUUUGAAAUACCUAUCCGAUUACGAGAACAAUAACAAUAAAGCCCAAGCUGUGAAUCAAAGGGAUGAUCUCUCCACAGUGACCAAUGCCAUGACGGGGAUGAGUCCCUCUCCGUCUCUCUCAGCCUUGUCCAGCCGUGCAGGAUCCAUUGCGAGUCUGCAUGACCGCAUCAUGUUCAGCCCAGGCAGCGAAGAGGCCAUCGAGAGGCUGAAGGAAACAGAGAAGAUCAUUGCUGAACUCAAUGAGACUUGGGAAGAGAAACUUCGCAGAACGGAAGCCAUUAGGAUGGAGAGAGAGGCUUUGCUGGCAGAAAUGGGUGUAGCAAUGCGAGAAGAUGGUGGGACAGUAGGUGUGUUCUCUCCUAAGAAGACACCUCAUCUGGUGAAUCUUAACGAGGAUCCUCUGAUGUCUGAGUGCCUGCUGUACUACAUUAAAGACGGGAUCACCAGGGUAGGUCGUGUAGAUGCCAGCAGUCGUCAGGAUAUAGUCCUCAGCGGCCACUUUAUUAAGGAUGAACACUGCACCUUUACCAGUUCUGGUGGUCCAAUGGGAGAAACAGUUGUCCUCGAGCCCUGUGAAGGAGCUGAGACUUACGUCAACGGCAAGAGAGUGACAGAACCCACUGUCCUUAAAUCAGGAAACCGUAUCAUCCUGGGGAAGAGCCAUGUGUUCCGGUUCAACCACCCUGUUCAGGCGAGGGCUGAGAGGGAGAGGACCCCAUGUGCUGAGACCCCAGCUGAGCCUGUGGACUGGGCCUUCGCACAGAGGGAGCUGUUGGAGAAACAGGGCAUCGACAUGAAGCAGGAAAUGGAACAGAGGCUGCAGGAAUUAGAAGAUCAGUAUCGCAAAGAGAGAGAAGAGGCCAACAACCUUCUGGAGCAACAAAGACUGGAUUAUGAGAGCAAGCUGGAAGCUCUUCAGAAGCAAGUGGAUCGUUACUACCCGGAAGCCCCUGAAGAAGAAGAAGAGCCAGAGGAGGAAGUGCAAUGGACGGAGAGGGAAAGAGAGCUGGCUGUGUGGAGUUUUCGUAAGUGGAGGUGCUACCAGUUUACCUCCCUUCGUGACCUGUUAUGGGGGAACGCCAUCUUCCUUAAAGAGGCCAAUGCCAUCAGUGUAGAACUCAAGAAGAAGGUCCAGUUCCAGUUUGUGCUGCUCACAGACACUCUCUAUUCGCCACUGCCCCCAGACCUGCUGCCCCCAGAGGUGAGCAAGGACAGAGAGAAACAUCACUUCCCCCGCACUAUUGUGGCCGUGGAGGUGCAGGAUCAGAAAAAUGGAGCCACUCACUACUGGACGUUGGAAAAACUGAGACAGAGGCUCGAUCUCAUGAGAGAGAUGUAUGAUCGCGCUGCUGACGUGCCCAACAAUACCAGUGAAGACUGUGAAAAUGUGAUGACUGGAGGGGACCCCUUUUAUGACCGCUUCCCCUGGUUCCGCCUGGUUGGCAGAAACCCCAUUUUCAACACAUGCAUGAGCGAGCGCAUGAGUGACCCCACCCCAUCCCCGACCCUCUCCAACUCUGAAAUUACUGAGCUGGCUGACCCACAGCGGGAGGGUCGAGGGGAGGAGGAGGAGUUGGAGGAGUUGGAGGACCUGGACGAUGAUAUCUUUUUGGACGACCCGUGCUUGGAGCUCGGGGGAGAGGAUGAUGAUGAUGAUGAUGAUGAUGAUGAUGAUGAUGAUGAGGGAGAGCUCUGCCGAGGCUCCAGCGAAGGCCAGGACCCCUUUUACGACCGCUCACCAUUAUUCAGUGUAGUGGGAAGGGCUUUUGUUUACCUUAGUAACCUGCUGUACCCAGUUCCUCUCGUCCACCGUGUGGCCAUCGUCAGUGAGAAGGGAGAAGUGAAGGGCUUCCUCCGAGUGGCAGUGCAGGCCAUAUCAGGUGCUUUGUGUUUCCCUCCAGCUGAUGAGGAAGCUCCCGACUACGGCUCUGGAGUGAGGCAGUCAGGCACUGCCAAAAUCUCAUUUGAGGAUCAGCAGUAUGAAAAGUUCCAGUCCGAGUCCUGCUCUGUGGGACUGUCCCGCACUGGGAUUUCCCAGGAGGAGCUUCGUAUCGUGGAGGGGGAGGGGCAGAAUGCAGAAAUGGGACCCUCAGCUGAUGAGGUCAACAACAACACAUGUGCGGCUGGUGCAGACGAGCUGGAGAAUCCACUGAAGGCCAGUCUGGACGGUCCGCUUGACACCACUCUGGAGCACCUGAGAAUUGGUAAUAUUUUUACCUUCAGAGUGACUGUCCUGCAAGCCUCUAGCAUCUCUGCGGAAUAUGCUGACAUCUUCUGCCAAUUCAAUUUCAUCCACCGACACGAUGAGGCUUUCUCCACUGAACCCCUAAAAAACACAGGACGUGGCCCCCCUCUUGGCUUCUACCAUGUGCAGAAUAUUGCGGUUGAAGUUACUAAAUCCUUUGUUGACUACAUCAAAACUCAGCCAAUUGUGUUUGAGGUGUUUGGACACUACCAGAAGCAGCCUUUUCUUCCACUCUGUAAAGACGUCAUCAGUCCACUGCGUCCCUGCAGAAGACAGUUCCCACGGGUGAUGCCUCUGUCCAAACCAGUUGACUCUGAUGCCUCGCCGGACCGGGAGAAAUCACUGGAGCUGAUCCGAUACCUGGUCCCAGAUGUGUUCAGUGGGGCGCUGGUGGACUCGUUGUCAGGCCAUGCUCUGUCUGCUGCUGGCUUGGCUGCUUCCUUCCUAGUGGAAGCAAAUGAGCGAGCUCAGCUGACAGCUCCACCCACGUCUAUCUGUUCAGUUAUUAAAGCUCAGAAGCCGGUACCUGCCACUAAGCUGACAGCUAUGACCCGCCCGCAGGCUGGACCCUGCCACAGCAAAUAUGAUCUCAUGGUGUUCUUUGAGAUCUGUGAGCUGGAAGCCAAUGGAGACUACAUCCCUGCAGUGGUGGACCACAGAGGAGGAAUGCCUUGUCAUGGCACAUUCCUGCUACACCAGGGCCUACAGAGGAGGAUCGCUGUUACCAUUGUGCAUGAAUCAGGAGGAGACAUUGAAUGGAAAGACAUCCGUGAGCUUGUUGUGGGACGUCUUCGCAACACCCCUGAAGCUGAUGAGACCAUCAUUGACCCCAAUAUUCUCUCUCUCAACAUCUUGUGUGCUGGGUAUGUCAGGCCCAUGCAAGAUGACCGACAGUUUCUUGAUUCGGACAUGCCUAGGACUUUCUACCGCUUUGAGGCCGCUUGGGAUAGCUCCAUGCACAACUCCUUGCUACUAAACCGAGUCACUCCGUAUGGGGAGAAGAUCUAUAUGACCCUCUCUGCCUACCUUGAGAUGGAGAACUGCACCCAGCCUGCAGUCAUAACCAAAGAUAUCUGCAUGGUGUUUUACUCUCGAGACACAAAACUCUCAGCUUCCCGUUCUAUUCGAAACCUUUUUGGCACUGGAAGCUUGAGAGCGGCAGAUGGAAACCGUGUAACUGGAGUUUAUGAGGUGAGCCUGUGUAACCUGGCAGAUGCAGGAAGCCCAGGUAUGCAGAGGAGACGCAGGCGGGUGCUGGACACCUCAGUGGCCUACGUUCGUGGGGAGGAAAACCUGGCUGGCUGGAGGCCCCGUAGUGACAGCCUCAUUCUGGACCACCAGUGGGAGCUGGAGAAACUCAGCCUCCUUCAAGAUGUGGAGAAGACCAAACAUUACCUCCUGCUGAGGGAGAAACUGGAGUCUACUUUGCUCAUGGGCCAGGAGUCCCUGCUCUCCUGUGUCACUGAGGAGCUGAGUGAGUCUCCUCAGCCCACCGAGAUCGACCAGGAGGUCGGCUCCAGCUCUGAAAUCACCACUGAGAGGCAGAGGGAGCUUGCUGCCAAGUGUUUGCGUCUGCUCACUCACUCCUUUAACCGAGAAUACAGCCAUGUGUGUGUCAGCGCCAGUGAAAGCAAGAUCUCUGAGAUGUCUGUCACAACGCUAAGAGACUCCACUUCAGUCUCUGCUCUCAACACAAUCACACCCUCCUCAACAUGCCCUUCGCUGGUUGAGGGUUAUGGCAACACUGAACUCAGAGCCCCCACACCUCGUUCUCGUGCUGCCAGUCCCAACCCUGGUACACCGCAGGAUGCGGAGGUCAAAAAGCCCGUCAGCUCUGAAACCAAACCCCGGACCCGCAGAUUUGUCCCUGAUAUCCAGGAGAUUAGAGUCAGCCCCAUUGUGUCAAAGAAAGGUUACAUACAUUUCCUGGAGCCACACACCAACGGAUGGGUGAAGCGCUAUGUUGUGGUGCGGCGGCCGUACGUCUACAUCUACAACACAGAGAGAGACACUGUAGAACGGGCCAUCCUCAACCUCUCCUCUGCCCAGGUGGAGUACAGUGAGGACCAGCAGGCAAUGCUGAAGACCCCGAACACAUUUGCUGUGUGUACAGAACAUCGUGGGAUAUUGCUUCAAGCCACUAAUGACAAAGAGAUGCAUGACUGGCUUUAUGCGUUUAAUCCUCUCCUUGCUGGAACUAUCAGGUCAAAGCUGUCGAGAAGACGAGCCGGACAGAUGAGGAUGUGACUCUGAAGAAAUCUCAUGAGAGAUGUACAUAGAUCCUUGUCCUCAUUCCUCCCCUUUGUGCUGAGUCUCAUUCCCGCCACCUCAGUCACCGACAACCAUCCUUCCUCUGUACGUUCUCAGUUUAUCACUAGUGUCCUCAGCACCUAAAGCGCCCAUUUUGUGUCAGGCCUUUGCUGCAGUGUGAGUCUUGUAGUCUGAAGAACCUCUUCAAAAACCUGUCACUGUACUGUACUGGAGUUUAUUCAUAGCUGGACGAACGGAGAAAACGGAGGAAGUAGCAACAGUUUCUUAUCUCAGAUUACAUACGUAUAGUAAUGUACUGUAGUUGUUGUCAGUGACACAUCAAGCCUUAUACAUUUAUUCCUUAAAAAAAAUACAGUGACAUUUAUUUUUACCUAAAGCUGCCAUGCCAGUGAGGAUUGUUACAUUUGCAUCAAUAAGUAGACAAACAUACAGAUUCUUCUCUACUUGGCUCUACAUCUAUAUGUGUUGAAACUGGUUUGCAUACAGCUAGAAAAUACACACUAAAAGAAGAAAAUGACAGGAGAGUGUAACUAUUCGACACAGUCGUCUUUUCUUUAUGGUCCAUGAAUCCUGACAUUGAGUAAUCUGCCUCCUAUUCUUAAAACUCCUUGGGAACGUUAGCACACACAGCCUGGCAAAGGAAUGGCAUAUCAUCAUAGACUUCAUGUUCUUGUGGCAUUCUGAUAAAUCCGUGUUGUUUUUAGCUACUUGUAGGAGCACUGAGGGUAUCUACAUUGACACAACAAGUAAUUGAAUAUCAUCACUUUUAAUUUAGCGCGAUUUAAUCCCAUUCUCUAUCUGAAUUUUCUUUUAAAAUGUGAUAUAUUUAGAUAUUUAACAGCUUUAUGAUUUAUUUCUGCAUGUAUUUAUUAUUUACAAAGACAUUUAUAUUUCUAAAGUAGUAGUACCGUGCAAUUUCUGCACACUGCACUUUUUAAUAUGAGUUCCUUAAAUGUUUGAAUAAUACAACCUUGUCCCCUUGUAGUUAAUGCUAUUUAAACAAUUUAAUAACUUUAUGAUUGGCCACUUUCUUUGUGCUGAAGAUUACUUGAAUAAUACUGCCCCCUUUAAGAUUAGGGUAGUCACAUCUGACCUUUACCCCAGCUAACAAACAUCUGACAAGGUCAGAAUAUUGCUAGGUAGAGAAUAUUGCGGUGGCCUGUCCAUCCUCAGCCGCACAAAUCUACCUUGUUAAAUGAUCAAAAGUAUAAACUGUUCCUCACAGUACAGAACAAGAAGCUGGUUUUCUGAAUGAUAUGUAUAUUGAUUAAAUGUAGUGCCUCUCUUUUCAAUCAUACUGUACAGUUUGCCUCUGCGCCAGUUGCUUCGAAACUACAUCCUUCAUGCUGCUAUAAUACUGUUCUGGAAGCGUCUGCAUCACAUCUGCUUGUCACAUCUCUUUCCUGCUGAAUUUCCAUAACACAGAGUGUACUUCAUGUUCAUACAUUAAAAACAGCGACUUUAACAUAUUUCAGGAUUGUGAGAAGGCAUGUGGUUCUGUUAAUCAUGCUUUGAAAAGAGCAAAAAAAUCAAUGCCAAGUUGAAAGACUACUGCUUUUUAUCCCUUCAUCUUGUCUUUGAGGAACCGUGCAACUGUGCAGUUUCUGCAGCAAAUUCAGACUGACUAUGAAUCAGAAACUGAAGCUAGUGACAGAUACUGAGAUGUGUGACGAUUGAUCGACGAGUAUGCCUCAGGUCAGCCAGCCUAGUGAGCGUGCUCAAUGACCGAAUUGACAUUUUAUUUACAAACUUGGACAACGUCUGAAAGAAUCAAUCUGUUACACAAGAAUAUUAUUUUUGGAUUACAUACUAACAGCAGUUCAGCAUGUCUUAAUGUUUCCUGCUGAAGUAAUCCAUACAGUUCCUUACUCUACUAUAAGCAUGUUUCCUGAGACUGGAAUGUAUUCUCUGUGUUGUGGACAUAUUUUGAAGUAAUAUAAUCAAACCAUUUCAUAGUCCUACAUGUGUGUACAACUGUCAGUAGUUGUGGUUAAUCGAACAAUCAAAUGUAUGUGUUGUCUUACGAGUUGGGUGAUCAAUGUUCUGAUCAAAGUCUAUCAAAGGCUUGCUUGAGGGAGACUGCAGUUGUAUUUCAUCCUGCUAUAGCACUGUCAUUGAGGUAACACCCUGCUGUACUGUACAUUACACUGUCUCAAGCACUCAUUUCUGUCACAUUUCCUUUAAAACCCAGUCUUGAGCCUGGCAUCGCCCCAUUCUGAUCUCCAUGUUGAGAUCAUUCCUCUUGUUUUCUUUGGGCCUUUUCAUGUGCAUCACAUUUGAGCCAACCAAACUUUUGUUAGUGAGCAAAACACACAAACAAACAAAACAAAAAAAAAAAUCACACUGAAUGUACAUUAAUGUUUGAAAUUACUUAUUCUGGAGGAAUGGAUGUGUAAACUUGUCUUCUGGUUUCACAGUCUGGUUCCUUCUUGAUUGUAGACAGGUUAGACUACUACCAGGAAACCACAUGAAGGUUGUGUGGUACACCUGUAAUAAUAUGUCCACUAACAUGUGGGGGAACGUAGGUUCACCAUGGCCCUGUUAGGCAUUGCAUCCUGCACAGAGUAAUGCUGUAGGUUACCUUACUGUCAUGCUUUCACUGUUAUUUCUGUAUCUGCCUUCACCAUGAUGCUCUGACAGCCUUCACAAAAACUACUUUUUCUCAGCCCUUUCACAUUUUUGUGCUUCCACAUCUAAUCUCUCUCUCUCUCUUUUUGUUUUUGCUUUGCACUAUCAAAUUGCACCGGUACAUUUCUUUUUUUUUUUUUUGUUUCCUUUUUCAAAUUAUUUUGCAUUGUAUAUAAACAUGAUUGCUGUGAACAGUGUAUUAUAAAGUUGCACCCAUUUACAAAAUCUUAAAUGGGCAGUAGUUCAGUCAGUGUCUUUGAGUGUUGGAGUUUAAUGUCAAAUGUUUGUGUACACUAAACACAUUGUCAUAUAUUAAAUAAACAUGGAAAUUAUGCAA